AGGACUAAUACUCCUGCUGGAUUUGCUUGUUUUAUUGUUGCUGUCGGCUGGGGAAAAGCCGCAAAAACGGAUUUUCUUUUUCCACCUGGUAUUUUUUUUUUUUGACCGCCUGACAUUUCAACUGGUGUUUGGAGACGAUGCUGACAGGAUUUGAGACUGAGACAGGAUGUUCUGAUCUUAUUUCAGCCUGAUUUUUCUCCACUUUGAGCUGUAAUGGAUGCAACAGCCUCAACGGAGUGAUUUACAUCGGAAGUGCUUUGCGGCUCGAAAACUUUAACAUUUUAAAUUUCGCCGAAGAUGAAUGAAUGGAAAGGAUCAAGAGAGCGUGGUUUUCAGUGAGGCCACCUUUUAUCUGUUAUUUCCCAAACGCGGCGCUUUCUCCUCACACUAACGCUGAGCAGUGGUUUGUAUGAAGCGUGUUUGUUGUGAUGCUUCUCCCCUCCAUUUCCACUGACACCACUUUGGAUUUCCCCUUUUGGAUCUGUGCGUUUCCAGAAUGGCUCGCUUCGCAGAAGAUCUACCCACCCGCUAUGGAGGAAGCGCAGGCGGCGGAGGGAGAGGUGGACCGGGCGCUGGGAGAGGAGGCGCCCGGGGUGGUGGCGCUCCCGGUGGGCAGAGGAUGUACAAGCAGUCGAUGGCCCAGAGAGCCCGGACGAUGGCCAUCUACAACCCGAACCCUGUCAAACAAAACUGCUUCACCGUCAACCGCUCCCUCUUCAUCUUCCGCGAGGACAACCUCAUCAGGAAGUAUGCAAAGCGAAUAACAGAGUGGCCUCCAUUUGAGUACAUGAUCCUGGCCACAAUUAUCGCCAACUGCAUCGUCUUGGCCCUGGAGCAGCAUCUACCCGCCGGUGACAAGACGCCCAUGUCAGAGCGCCUGGACGACACAGAGCCCUACUUUAUUGGAAUAUUCUGUUUUGAGGCCGCCAUUAAGAUCAUCGCCCUGGGCUUCGCAUUUCACAAAGGCUCCUACCUCCGCAAUGGCUGGAAUGUAAUGGACUUCGUGGUCGUCCUCACGGGAAUCUUGGCCACGGUGGGUUCAGACUUUGACCUGAGAACACUACGAGCGGUGAGAGUCCUGAGACCCCUGAAGCUGGUGUCAGGAAUCCCCAGCCUCCAGGUGGUGUUGAAGUCUAUAAUGAAAGCCAUGGUUCCACUUCUUCAGAUUGGCUUGCUGCUCUUCUUCGCCAUUGUUAUGUUUGCCAUCAUUGGGGUGGAGUUUUACAUGGGCAAAUUCCACACCACCUGCUUCAAGAACGGCACUGAUGAGAGAACAGCUGACUGGCCUUGUGGUAAUGAGCCCCCAGCGAGGACCUGUCCCAGUGGGAGCGAGUGUAAAGUGUACUGGACCGGACCCAACUUUGGUAUUACCAACUUCGACAACAUCCUUUUCGCAGUGCUUACCGUCUUCCAGUGUAUUACCAUGGAGGGCUGGGUGGACAUCCUUUACAGCACCAAUGACGUCGCAGGAAACACUUGGAACUGGCUUUACUUCAUCCCUCUCAUAAUCAUCGGCUCCUUCUUCAUGCUUAACCUGGUGCUUGGUGUUCUUUCUGGAGAAUUUGCCAAAGAGCGAGAGCGUGUGGAGAAGAGACAGGAGUUUCUAAAGCUUCGCAGGCAACAGCAGAUUGAGAGAGAGCUCACCGGAUACUUGGAAUGGAUCUGCAAAGCAGAGGAGGUGUUGCUGGAGGAGGAGGAUGAGAUUGCAGAGGAGAAGUCCCCACUGGACGGUGCGUGGUACAAGAGGAAACAAAACCUUCCAGUCCUGAAGCGAGGCAAAGUGAAGAAGGGUAAAAACGACCUGAUCAGCGCUGAGGAGGGGGAGGAUCCUUUCGCAGACAUCUCCUCUGUUGCUCCUCCUGGCUCUCCGUUUGGUCGGGCCAGUGUGAAAAGCAGCGGUAAGAUGGACAGCUCAUCUUACUUCCGGCGUAAAGAGAAGAGGAUCCGCUUCUUCAUCCGCCGCAUGGUGAAGGCUCAGAGUUUCUACUGGAUCGUCCUGUGUGUGGUUGGCCUCAACACACUCUGCGUGGCCAUAGUCCACUAUGACCAACCCGAGUGGCUUACAAGAGCUCUCUACACUGCAGAGUUUGUGUUUCUGGGUUUGUUUCUGACUGAGAUGACUUUGAAGAUGUACGGCCUCGGAGUAAGGAAUUAUUUCCACUCCUCCUUUAACUGCUUUGAUUUUGGGGUGAUUGUUGGCAGCAUUUUUGAGGUGAUCUGGGACAUGAUUAAACCAGGAGCAUCGUUUGGUAUCAGUGUGCUGAGAGCUCUGAGACUGCUUAGGAUUUUCAAAGUCACCAAAUACUGGAACUCUUUAAGGAACCUUGUUGUUUCCCUCCUGAACUCAAUGAAGUCCAUCAUCAGCUUGCUCUUCCUCCUUUUCCUCUUCAUUGUGGUCUUUGCCUUGCUGGGGAUGCAGCUCUUCGGAGGACAGUUUAACUUUGAAGAUGAAACCCCAACAACAAACUUUGAUACCUUCCCAGCAGCCAUCCUCACGGUGUUCCAGAUUCUGACUGGCGAGGACUGGAACGCAGUGAUGUACCACGGGAUUGAGUCUCAAGGAGGCGUUCGCGGCGGCAUGUUCUCCUCCAUCUACUUCAUCGUCCUCACACUCUUUGGAAACUACACCCUCCUGAAUGUCUUCUUGGCUAUCGCCGUCGAUAACCUUGCAAAUGCACAAGAGCUGACGAAGGAUGAAGAGGAGCAGGAGGAGGCAGCCAAUAAGAAGCUUGCUCUGCAGAAAGCUUUGGAAGUGAAAGAAGUCAGCCCGAUGUCAGCAGCCAACAUUUCGAUCGCUGCUUUUGUAAAGCAAAAUCGAGAUGCACUCUCUCGCAGGUCGUCCAUCAGCAGCAUUCAGUCACCCAAAGAGCAGCAGCGUUCAGCGAAGGCUAUGUCAGUGUGGGAGCAGAGGACUAACCAGCUUAGGAGACAUAACAUAAAAGCGAGCAGCGAGGCCCUGUACAACGAGCUCGACCCCGAUGACCGCCUAUUGAUGUCCAGCGCCCUUCAUCUGCACCCCGACAUGAAGACUCACCUGGACAGGCCCCUUAGGGUGGAGUCCAAGAAUGGAGACAAAUCCAGCAGGGCCCCCGAGGGAGGGUGGGAGGAGGCAGGGGAUCUCCGGCAGGAUGACAGCUUUCACACACACUCCAGGAAGCAUCACCGCCACCACGACAGUAGCGGGGAGAGCAGAGAUGAAGGAGAUGUCCGGGGAGGGAGGCACCACACCCAUCACAGCAGGAGUAGAGAUCGCAAUGCUGAUGGUCCACAGACAAAAGAGAGGAGAGGGGAGAUGAGCCACAACCGCAAUGGAGGGCAGGGGCACAGGCACCACCACCACCAGGCCGGCUCCCCUGAGGAGGAAAAUAAUGACCUGCGGGGAGGAGGAGGAGAUAAUAAGGGGCAUCACCACCAUCACUCACAUCGUCCACCUAAAGAGGGGAAUGGGAUGUUGGCAAAUGGUGCACAGUCAGAGCAAAGGGGUAGAGGGGGAGGUGGAGGAGAUAGUAAUGGAGAGAGGAAGGACCGAUGCUCUCGUACGGGCAGAGCUCAGACAGCUCUGGGUGGAGAUGACUCUAAGAGGAACAAGAACGGAAACAGAGGUUACAGGGAGAUGGAGCCAGAUGCUGAGGAGGAGAGCUUUACCUGCAGUCCUCAGCAGCCUACAGAGGAUGCUGACAACCAGAAGAACUCCACUAGGGCCAGCCAGGCUGGCCUCAACAGCAAUGCUAUCCACAUUCCUGUCACCAUCACUGCCCCGCCUGGAGAAACCACCAUCAUACCCAUGAACAACAUCGACUGUGACAACCUCCAGCUCAGUGAGGAGAAGAAAGAUCUAGAAGAGGACGAGGCAGCUAAUGGGCCUCGGCAGAUCCUUCCCUACAGCUCAAUGUUCAUCUUUGGCCAAACAAACCCGGUGCGACGGCUGUGUCACUAUGUGGUCAACCUACGCUACUUUGAAAUGUGCAUCCUGACGGUCAUUACCAUGAGCAGCAUUGCCCUGGCAGCUGAGGACCCCGUGCAAGCCAAUGCGACGCGCAACGAUGUUCUCAAGUACCUGGAUUAUGUCUUCACUGGAGUCUUCACUUUUGAGAUGGUGAUUAAGAUGAUUGACCUGGGACUACUUCUCCACCCUGGCUCUUAUUUCCGUGACCUGUGGAAUAUUCUGGACUUCAUCGUGGUCAGCGGAGCUCUGGUGGCCUUUGCCUGCUCAUCGCAACAAAGCGUGGCCAGAGGGACAAAAGGCAAGGACAUCAACACUAUCAAGUCCCUGAGGGUCCUCCGGGUCCUGCGGCCACUCAAGACCAUUAAACGGCUGCCCAAACUGAAGGCUGUAUUCGACUGCGUUGUAAACUCUCUGAAGAACGUCCUCAACAUCCUCAUCGUCUACAUCCUCUUCAUGUUCAUCUUCGCUGUGAUUGCUGUUCAGCUCUUUAAGGGGAAAUUUUUCUACUGCAGUGACGAGUCCAAGACCCUGGAGAAAGACUGCAGGGGUCAGUUUUUGGACUACGACAGGGAUGAAGUAACGGCGAAGCCCAGAGUGUGGAAGAAGUAUGAGUUUCACUAUGAUAACGUGCUGUGGGCUUUUCUAACACUCUUCACCGUCUCCACCGGAGAGGGCUGGCCAGUUGUCCUGAAGCAUUCUGUGGAUGCCACAUAUGAGGACCAGGGCCCCAGUCCAGGCUUUCGCAUGGAGACAUCUAUCUUUUAUGUGGUCUACUUUGUGGUGUUUCCUUUCUUCUUUGUCAACAUAUUCGUAGCUUUGAUCAUCAUAACUUUUCAGGAGCAGGGAGACAAGGCCAUGUCAGAAUGUACAUUGGAAAAGAAUGAGAGGGCUUGUAUUGACUUUGCCAUCAAUGCCAAGCCGCUGACGAGAUACAUGCCAGAGAACAAGCAGUCCUUCCAGUACAAAAUGUGGAAAUUUGUGGUGUCGUCUCCUUUUGAGUAUGCCAUCAUGACUUUGAUCGCCCUCAACACCGUCGUGCUGAUGAUGAAGUUCUAUGGCGCUCCAGAUGUGUACGAGUCCAUGCUGAAAUACUUAAACAUCGUCUUCACGGGCCUCUUCACACUCGAGUGCAUACUCAAAAUUAUUGCCUUCAAUCCACUGAACUACCUGAAAGAGCCCUGGAAUGUGUUUGACUUUGUGACUGUGAUUGGAAGCAUUACAGACAUUUUGUGCACAGAGAUAAAUAAAGAAAAAAUCAACCUGAGUUUCCUGAGGCUGUUCAGAGCAGCUCGUCUCAUCAAGCUUCUGCGACAAGGCUACACUAUUCGCAUCCUGCUGUGGACCUUCGUUCAGUCAUUCAAGGCCCUGCCAUAUGUCUGCCUACUCAUUGCCAUGCUGUUCUUUAUCUACGCCAUCAUAGGAAUGCAGGUGUUUGGUAACAUUGAGCUGAUUGAGGAGAACGCCAUAAACCACCACAACAACUUCCAGACCUUUUUCCAGGCCUUGACCCUUCUCUUCAGGAGCGCAACAGGCGAGGCGUGGCAUGAGAUCAUGCUAGCAUGCCUCAGUAACCGGCCGUGCGAUAAGCUCUCAGGAACUGCAGGAGACGAGUGUGGCAGUGACUUUGCCUAUUUCUACUUUGUCUCCUUCAUCUUCCUCUGCUCCUUUCUGAUGUUGAACCUCUUUGUUGCGGUCAUCAUGGACAAUUUUGAGUACCUGACCAGGGACGCCUCCAUCCUGGGGCCUCAUCACCUUGAUGAAUUCAUACGUGUGUGGGCAGAGUAUGACCCUGCUGCCUGCGGGAGAAUAUGCUAUCGGGAUAUGUACAAAUUGUUGCAUUUUAUCUCGCCUCCUCUGGGCCUGGGGAAGAAGUGCCCCAGCAGGGUGGCUUAUAAGCGAUUGGUGAAGAUGAACAUGCCAAUUGCGGAUGACAACACAGUGCAUUUCACCUCCACCCUGAUGGCCUUGAUUCGCACAGCCCUGGAGAUCAAGCUGGCAUCUGGCAUGCUGGCACAGCGUUUGUGCGAUGCUGACCUGAAGAGGGAAAUAAACCGAGUGUGGCCCAGCUUGUCACAGAAGACCAUGGACCUGCUGGUGACACCGCAUAAAUAUAACGAGCUGACUGUGGGGAAAGUCUAUGCGGCUCUAAUGAUCUACGACUUCUAUAAGCAGAAUCGUGCCAAGAGACUCCAGCAGCAGAAUUCUUCAGAUGGACCUCAGAGUAAAUUGGGGUCCUUGUUCCGUCCUGUACUGCCAUUCACUCACAUACAGGAAAUAGAACCACCGUUCUCCAGGCCCAAACAAGUCCUCUCACCUGAGCCUGAAAAGAAACCAGAGGCCUCGACAGCUACCACCACCACCACCAACACCUUGAUUAACAAGGACACAAUACUCAACCAGAGGACUGCCAUAAAACAUUCCCAGUCUGGAGAUGUUUCUCAGGCUUCACAGAGGCCCAAAAGUCGAAGAAAGCUGCAGAGAGGCCAGUCGGAGGAUGUGCAAAAUUUAACAAGACCUCAGGAACAGGUUGAACUGAAGCAGGUGGAGAACACUUCAGAUGCAGAGGCAUAUCCCAGCCUGGAAGGUCACUGCAGAGCAGCCUCUCUUCCCCGACUAAAUGCUGAAUACUACCGGAGCCACCCUCGCCACGCCCCUGGGACCCACCUGGCACCGAUUGUGGACCUCAGUCCUAUAAAACGCUCAGCAUCCUCGCUGACACCACAGCACAAUUACCAGGACGUCGGGCUGAAGGACUAUGAUCUGGAACGCCCCAGUCAGGCUCAGUCCUCUGCAGGGAUGGGCCAGGUCCAGGGCCAAGACAGAGCCCACCACCAUCACCACCAUCACCGCUGCCAUAGACGCAGGGAUAAGGACAAAGACAAGAAGCAGAAGUCUCUGGAUAGAGCUGCAUCAGUGCAGCCAUCCAGCACCGUUGAUUCAUUUACCGACCCCUCAGCUGAAGGACUGUCCAGAGAGCGAGCAAGGGAACGGGACCGCAGUCGGCCCCAUGAGAGGAGGCACCACUCCUCAGCAGGAGAGAAGCAGCGCUACUAUUCCUGUGAGCGUUACGGCAGCAGGGAGCAGAGCCACACCAAGUCAGCUGGUCCCAGUCGAUCCACGUCUCCAGGAGAGGGACAGGACUCUGGUUUCCUCAGACAGCAUGGCAGCAGUGUGGUUAAAUCUGGCCACGGGACACUUCCAUCUGGUUCAAGCACACCGGGUCGUGGUCGCAGGCAGCUCCCCCAGACGCCCCUCACCCCUCGUCCCGCUGUGGCCUACAAGACUGCCAACUCCUCCAAUCUCCCAUCCAGUGCCAUCAUGGCUACAACAGGGCACCAGACUCGCUUCAGCCGUGGUCUUUCAGAGCACGAUCGCUUACUCGGAGCCCACGAGGAGUCCCCAAUACCAAUUACUCGAAUUGGGUCUGACCCUAAUUUAAACCGGCAGCAGCAGGACUCGUCUCAGAAGGCUCUCCUUGAUGAGGAGGACUUCCAGGAUGCUGUAAGCAGCCAAGGAGGAGGCCGCUCUGCCAGAACUGCUGCCUCCUCUACAGCCUCCGCAUCUCACCCAACUGCUGCUACACCCGUCACAGCACCCACCACACAGGGCCGAGCAGUGGUCAUGCCUAACGGGUACCACUUCACUCUUGGGGUCAACUCUUCGUCUGGGCCUGGGAAUAGAGGAGCAGGAAGUCUCAGGGAGAGGGAGGAGGAUGACUGGUGCUAACGUGGCAGAAAAUUUUAGAAAGCCUGCUGUUAGCUAGAAUGGGACAGCUCAUGAGUGCUGCUCAGCGCUCAGGUCAGGAGCUGGUACAACAGGAGGCCAGGCGACUGAUACAGAAGAAAACAUGAUGAGGGAAAGUCAGUGGAAAGCGCUCUGAGAGGGGAUCAGAAAUAAUUACAGCUUUUUAGUGUUACUGUCUUUUUAAUAUAUCAACCACUUUCAAGAAAAAAACACUGACUUUUUCUAACCCCUUUACUUGCACUGGAAUUAGCGCACAUGUGGAGGCCCUCGAGUAUUUUGCCUUGGCCAGUAUAUUCAGUGGAGAAGAAGACAAAAGCCAAAAUCUCCCUGUUGUUUGUGUUUUAGACUGAUGCUCAUCCCCGACAUUGAUAUGACUGCCCACACCACACUUUUUAUUGCUGUAUGUCUUAUUUUGUUACCAAAUUUCUCUCUCUUGCUUUCUCCUGGUUUGUUUCUUUAUAAUGUUGCAGCACAUCUUUACCAGAGCAGAUUAGGAAAGCUUUUUGUUUUUAAUGUAUGUCUUAAAAUUCUGCCAUAACACCCAGUAAACACAAAAGUCAUACAAUGACUUAAGAUAAGAUAAGACUAGAGUUGAGUUUUUAGGAUCCCACUUUUGUAAAAUCUCCCAGAUGUAAUUUUGUGAGAGCACAUAGGGACUAGAACAACUCGUUUUUGACAUUAAGUGGCUAACUACUAAGUGCCUCUUUUACCACAAUGUAUUAAAAUGGAGUCUGACUUUGGGUCAGUGGAGGUUGGGUGUAGCUAAAAAAAAAAGAAGCAAAAGCAAAAACAAAAAAAACGUGGUCAGAACAAAACUUGUGUUUGAAUCUGGGCUGAAAGCAAAAAAUCAAAAACAAAACAAAACAUUUCUUUUGUGAUGAAUCUUUUGGUAGGAAGAUUAAAAUUAGAGAUCCAAAGUGUAGUGCAUGCCAGGGUUGUCAAAAAUAGUGUCUGUACUUUUGCCUGAGGGUGUGUGGUAAGCAUUUGCCUUUCUCUUUCAGAUAUACUGCCAGACAUUUGGUAGAAAACAUUCUCUGAAUGAGGGGAAAAGUGCCAUUUUUUUAUGAUUUUCUGAACAGGAAUCUCAAAUCCAGACAAAUCUGCCUCCUCAAGCAAAUCCCUUCUUGGCCAUAUUUGCCCAAAUUUCACGGGUUUCCUAUCUUCUAAUCUUUCCUCAGACAAAGUAUUGCGUGAGGGUACCUGUGUGCGUAUUUAUAGGUACAAUAAAGAGUUGUGUUGUUGCUGCUGACUGUUGACUUAAAGUAGGGCUAUGCAACAAGACGACACUUCAUCCGCCCUGUAGCUUUACCCUCUGGAAACUCCAGAUUCAGGCUUUAGUGUGACUGUGACCAAAUUUUACAUUCAUGUGUGAAGAGCUGUAAAUUGUAAAUGUAUUAUAUGAUGUACAGUUAACUGACAACACACACUAAAGGCACGUAUGGUAUCCAAGCGGAUAUAAGUGAAUUCACAGGGCAUUUUUGAGGUUGGCAAGUUGACUGCAUGACGCCUACUCAGAUAGAACCACCCAAAAUAUAAAACUGUGUUCUUCUCUUUCCAGACUUGGGUCAAGUUGUAUUUUUAAAUAAUUGUAGUGGUUUUUAAACUUGCUGGGAGAGCCAGAUUCUUCAGAUUGUUAAUGAAGUGGUUUUAUGUCACUCAACAGUGAGACCUGAACCAGACCUGUACCAACUCCUCUGAAUCUUUACCUCUUCCAACUGGGCAGGGUAUAACUCCUCACAGAAUAAGGCUUGCAAUACUCUAUUUUCCUUACAGUCAACAAAUUUCAAACCAAAACUCAGUUCUUUCUGUGCUUUAUUAGCCUGAAGCCCAUUUAUACACCUAGCAAUGGCAACCUUUCUGAAUAGAUAACAAAAUAUAAUUUUAUAAAUUUCAUAUCUUACAUUUUGUGUUUGUAGAGUAUUUUUUUCAAUUAUUUUUUUAAACUUAGUUACUGUAGACUUUAGAAAUGUUUUUCAACUUAAAAACUAGUUGGGUUGGUGCUAGUAAUUUGUUGGCAAACAUUUCCAGCUCUAUAUUGAUCUUUAGAAAGUUAAAAAGUGCAUAUAAAAUGAGCUAAAAUGUAAUCUUAAAACCUUCUUGAAAACUAAUAUUGAAAAAUCUCAGUUGCAGUGACUUUGGAGCUUUCUGAUGAAAAGGAUAACCAGCCUGACAUUUUCUGUUCUGUCAUCUCAUUUUUAUAUUUCACUAUAACUUUUUUUGAAUAUUAAAACAUAUAUAAAUAAUGUAAGAAUAUAUUAAAGAAUAUAUAAAAUGCAGAAUAUUAAUAUUAAAAGAAUCUGGGUUUUUUGUUGGGGGUUUUUUUACUAAUAAAAUGCAGCAAUCUGGUAAUUCUGGUUAUGUGAUGCUGCUUCAUUGUUUAAGCACACUGGGUUAUGAUUGCAGACAUCUCUAACUGAUGCCAUUCUUUUACCUCUGUGGACUAAAAAUGCCAAUUUAUCUUCCAGUAUCACUUUUGCUACAUUAGGGCACCAAUCUCUCUUUAACUGUUCAUUUUUAGAGCAUGGUCACUUAUUAAAAUUAUCUAAAAUUAAGGCAUUAAAAUUUCUUCAAUCAGUCCUUUAAAAGUGUUAAAAAUACUAGAUGUCAGAGAUAUUAUUUUCUGUAUCGUAUGGUUAGCCAAAAUGCUCAUGAGUAGCUUGAUCUGCUAGCUGACAAUAGGAUUGUGAAGUGUAAAUUAAAUGAAAACUGAAUUUCAGCCAAAAUUUUGUGGGAUUAAUGAAACUGGUACUACAACUCUACACAAGGCCUGGUGUAUUUUGUAUUUCGAUAUGAAUUGCAGCAGUGAAAACCAACAUGAGGUCCAGUACAAGCAUUUCUAACAGGCUAGCUUACAUGUCUUAGUUUGCUGGUGAUGCUAAUAACGAAAGGGUUUUUUAAUGUUCAAUUAGAGCCUCAACUAAACCACAUAAACUGAUCCCAAAAAACACAUGAAUUAUUUUUCUUUUUCCUAAAUUUUGUUCUUGUUAAAUGAAUCCUAUAUUUUAUUCUGAGUCACAUCUAGCAAAGGUUAAAAUCUAACUUAAGAUGUAGGGCCAGUGCUUUAUUUUGAUUUAUCUACAUGCAACUUAAGCGCGUUUAAACAUGAGAGGUCAAUAAAGGAAUAUGUAAUAUAUAAACCAUACUAUAUAAUCCAGUUAACUUACAGUAUCAAAAAUAUUGGUCCUUACCUACAGAAUCUACACAUUCAUAAAUAUCCUAAGAAAAGUCACUGAAAACUGUUAUUUUGUCACAAAUUCGAGUAUUAAAAUUAUUGGAUAGUAAGAUAGUGCUUGUGGGACUUGAACUGGUGUUUAUGUUCCAUUGUAGUGAAGGAAAGUGUCACCCAGUGCAAGCGUGUGGUUCACUAAUGAAUUUUAAAUUGUUUCCUUGCAGCAGUUUUGAAUACACAGAGAAUACUUAAAUCCACUCUUUGUUUAGUUCUUUUACUGGCUUCUAAAUAGGAAUAAUGCAGAACAUGGCCAGCCCUAUCCUUUAAAGUACAUAGCUGAAAGAGUUCUCUUUAAUGACAGCCUGCUGCUUAAAUGUACACUGCUAUACAUUAGGUUGUAAAGCUUUGAAAAUAGGCAAGAAUUUGUUUCUUAUACCAACCAUGGAGGUGAUGAUUAUAGUCCUUGUUAUCUGAUAUCUCAAAAACCUCUCGCUUUUAUUAUAGUACAAAACCUCUGUGCCUAUUUUGUUCUGGCAAGUUUAUAAACAUGCAAAUUAUUUGCAAAUAUUCUAACCCGGUCUGAUUUUAUCCAAAUACAGUUUUAAUUUUUUUCUCUUAAUUGUGCAACCAAUAGAUUGCAAUCUAUUUGAUGGAUCUCACGGGAUUUUAGACCAUAAAGGUGUGACUCUGUUCUUCAUCGGGGCAACAAUAGAUUGCUUGUUGUCUCAUUGCAAGUUGCUAUAUUGGGGCAGAGAUUUGUGUUUAUGUCAAAGACCUUAUUUUCAAACCUCCAGUGAGCCCUACGUAACCAGGGUGCCAAGUUUUCCCCUUCCAGUUUUCUAAAGCUCCCCUCCCACCCCCCUCUGGACAUGUCCUCUUUGCAUGUUCUCAAAAGAAAAUGUGCAUGUGCUAAAAAAAAGAAACAAAGAUAAUAAUAAUAGAAGUAUUGUUUGGCUUCAUUAUGUCCAUGAUUUGUACAAUUCGUUCCUUGGUUGUAUUUUCUGAUUAUCUAAACAAACGAUGUAUCGGUUUCAGGUAAAGAAAAAAAAGAAAACAAGCUUGAAUAACAUUUUCUCACAGAACCACCAAAGUGGAAGCAGAUUAGAGGUUCUGGAGUGGCUGAUCCUUCGCUGCCUGAUCUGUUACUUGACUGUCUCUCCUGCAGUCAUUUGGACUCUACCUAUAGAUUUUGUAUGAAUAUAAGUCAUUGAAUAAA